AUGUUACUGCCAGAUGUUCAAGAGAUCCUCUCAGAAAUAAGCAAACAUCCUAGUCCGGCCAUAAGUUCUGUUAAUAAUAAUAAUAAUAGUCUGGAGCUGGCGCUGGACGCGACAGCCUGCGAACGGCCAGCCGAACGCGAGGUGCUGCACGACCACCCAGCAGCCCCUCGGAUCCAUCAUGCCCACCAGCUGGCUGGGUGUCGGCAGCGAUCGGCACCCGCCACUGGUGGAGUACGCCACAUGCGUUGGACAAACCAGAUGAACAGCACCGCAUUGCGGGCGUAUUUUAGGGCGAAAGGGGAAGAAAUUGGAGGUUUUGCGUAUCGGGCAAGGACCCAUCGACUUUUUGCUGAGCUGGAACCAUCUGUAACCGUCACUCAGCAAAACCUGGCACACCGAGUUCGGUAUAUCUUGCGCUCAAAUACAUUUGAUGUCACCGAACUCGAACGGCUACGACGUGAGGCUAUUCCUUCAUCGGGUGAAAAUGCUGCGGCUGAGGAUGCGGCGCCACAACUUGCUGAGCAAACGGCAAACGUCGAUGCCGCCGUGAAUACCCCAGUUGUGCUUGAUUCAAACGAUGAUGUAACAGUCGCCCAGGAGCUGGAACUAGAGCAAAUGAGGAGUACAUUGGAAGACGCGAUUGUGGAAACGCGCAGUACGCCUCUCAAAAAUCGACAGCGACUUCCCUACUAG